UCUCGAGUCGACUCGAACGCGUAACCUCUCAGACAGGCUCGGAGCUCGAAGCACUAGGUCACGGCACCCUGAUAGCUCUCCAGUGUUUGCUCAGUAGGACACGUGCGUGCGGUGGAGGCGUCACGCACCUUCCAAAAGCUCUUAAAGUCGAAGUCGAAGUGUCUUCCGGGAAUCCGCGGAUUAUAUCGAGACACAUCUGAGGUGGUUCAGAGAUGGAGGAAACCCCAGCCAAUGAGAAGUCUUGUCAGACGGAUGAGGUCACUGGAGAGGGCACUGUGUCCGGGCCUGACCAUGCGAGCAAGACGCUAAUCUAUUCCACAGAACCUGGAGAUCCUCCUCUGCUACAAACACCGCUGCUAACCUCCAAAUCUGGCAUCCAGCAGAUCAUUGAAUGUUUCCGCACAGGUACUGCACAUCUGAAACACAUUCUCCUCAAAGAGGUGGACACAAUCUUUGAAUGUAAACUCUGCCGCAGUCUCUUCCGUGGCCUUCCCAAUUUGAUCAAACACAAGGAAAUGUAUUGUUUCUCUCGAAUGCCUGAACCUGAUGGCCUUUCUGGAGAUGGCAAGAAGAGCAUAAAAGAACUUCUUGAAGCUAUCUAUCCGCGAUCUGAUAAAGAGGAAUACAUACUGAAACUGGAGCCCAUUGCUAGCAACCAGAAUGCUGUGUACCAGUACCUGUCCAAAGAAGAUAACCUGCCACCUUCAUCUCAGAGCCCAAACCACACCACCCCAGAGAGCUGGAGACACUACCACUUCAACAGCCAGGAACCGUACAUGGAGGAGCUCCAGUUGGAAGAAGAUGAGAACAAUUUUAUUAAUGAAGAAGAUAUGGGUGAAAACAUAAAGAAGGGAGAGGAAGAUGUAGAGAAGGAGCCUCAGGAUAGCAUAGAACCUGAGGAGCCAACAGAAGAAGCAUGUGACAAAGACCUGGCCCCCUGCAAAUGUCUCAUUUGCAACAGGACAUACCGGGUUCGAGGCCAUCUUAGAAGACACCUGUGGACCGUACACAAGAUUGCAUCUUCUGGCUCCACAACCAGCUCCAGUGAUUCCACGUCCAGCUCCAAAAAAAUGUUUAACGGUAAAGUUCCAGACAAUCCCAACACCAGUCCCAGCUCUUUCUCUGACACCCAAAGCCCCAAGGAGGACAAGGUCUCAUCCAAGGUUCAAUUCUCCAUAGGCUUUGACUAUAAGGCACGCUUCUGCAAGCUCUGCAGGCGGACCUUCAGCUCCAUGCAGAACCUGGAGAAACACAUUGAGCUGCACACGGAUAAUGGCACGGACUUCUUUGUCAAGUUUUACUGCUGUCCGCUCUGCCGCUACAAGACACGGCGCAAGAGGGACGUGUUACGCCAUCUCUCAGAGCUCCACAAGAAGAAGUCCACCUAUCUGAGCAGGAUCUCCCAGUCGCUGGAGAGCUACGCCGUCAAGAAGCCCGCGGAGGUCGUGUUGAACAAUAAAGAGGAGACAGUUCAAGGUCGACAAGAAGAAGUGAAUGUCCACCGCGGCCACACUUCACCAUAUCUGACACGCAGGAACUUGCCUCCGAAAGCCCCUGGCAUAGUGGGCAAAAAGACCUUGAAGACCAGCAAUAAGAAGCGCCAAAGCGAGGAAGGGACUCGUAACAAAAAAUUAAAGCCUAAUAGCCCAAAAGGGGGUGUUACCAAGAAAUCUCUGCACGUGUGCAACAUCUGUGGGCAGAGCUUUAAAAAGACAAGAUACCUAGGGUUGCACAAGAGAAGCCACCUGAAAUCCACAACCAGGAGCGCAGGUGUCAGAACAAGAUCCAAGGUCAUGCUUUGAUAUCUUCUGACAGCAAACUGGACUUGCAGCAUCUGUGGAAAGACAUACUGGACAGUGAGAGUCACAGAAAGAAGAUCAGAACCACGAAAAAGUCAAAGAAACAUCGCUGUACUACAAAAAGUUAACAGAAAAACUUGGGGUAUAAGAAACCCUCAGAAAUGUGUGUGGGAUUUUAGAAGCUUUUCCAUUGUCUGUACAGGGGAAUAUAUGUCAGUGUAAUGGUACAGUAUUUUCAGCUGCACUUUAUUAACCAUUUAUGAGGGCUUCUGACCACUCUUAGAUAUGAGAGGAAAUGCAUAUGCUUUCCAUUCCCCUGCUGCCAUCAAUAAGAUUUGACAUUUCCAUCCAGAACCAAGUAGUGGCAGGUUUAUCCUCAGGUGGAGCUUCAAGGCACACAUGCUCUUGGCGAGAUGGCAUUGAACUCCUGCAGACAGCAGCUGAACGUGGGCUAUUGACACCCAUCAGGCUCAUUGGUAUUCAGUGCAGUCAUAUGGAGUAAGAUCUGGAUGUCUUUCUUUUCUGUUACUGAGAAAACAGUGGACACUGAAGACCACUGAAACGGCAUGAACUCGGAUACUACUUCACUUAUAUUAAGAGAAAGGGAUCUUUUAUGUUUGAACAAGCACAUGCUCUGGAGAAGACAACCAGUUGUCCUUAUAUGAACUGCAGGCAAAUGUUAAAUGCUUUCUAUGAGAUUUUUUUUUAGUUGCCUUUUCGCUGCAGUUCUCGGAUUAAUUCGUCUCCUAUCAGUUUAGAUGCUUUUUCAUUAUAUUUCUCUCCUCAUUUGGCUGUUACGAUUUUACAGAAAGGUAAACAGGUAUUCACAAGCAUUCACUGUGCAAAUCUGUAGAUCCAUGUUUCUUUUUUUUUAGCCUUCCGGUGGCUUGACGGAUUUCUUAUUUUUAAAAUGAAUGUAUUGACCAACAAUAAACAGAGAAAUUGACUG